AUUGCAUAAAAAAUAAAAAUAAAAGAAAUAAAAAAAAUCUAGCUGGUAAUUGGGAAUUUGAGGGGAAAUAUCAGAGGCUCAGCCGCCUCAUUGGCUUAGACAAGAAUUUGCAAAACAGUAGAUGGACACAAUCAAUCAGGACACUAAUUGAGCCCAUUCAUCAUGUUGGUGUUGUUGAUACUAGUAGUUUUUGUGAUUAAUGCCUCAAAUGCAGUUCCAUUAACUUUAGAUUACAUAAUAUGGGAUUGCUACAACUCCACAACUUACCCUCCCAAUAGCUCCUACGAAACCAAUCUCAACCAUCUUCUCUCUACUUUGGCCCCUCAAACUUCAAACUCCAAACAUGGCUUCUUUACAACAAAGCUAAACACAACUCAAAAUCAAGAUCAUCCUGUUUACGGCCUUGCCUCGUGCCGCGGUGACAUAAAUCCAAACGACUGUCGUGAUUGUGUUCGCCAAGCUAGUACUCAGGUGAUACGUGCGUGUCCUGAACAAACACAAGCAGUGUUCUGGAUGGAGCAGUGUAUGCUUCGAUACUCUAACCGUUCCUUUUCUCAUCUCCUACAAGAAAGUCCCAAUAAAGUUCGAUUCAACACACACAAUGUUACAAAUAAUGUGAAUGAUUGGAUUAAGUUGCUUAAUGAUACAUUGAUUGAGGUAACAUCAAAAGCGGCUUCCGAUAAGUCCGGUAAUAAGUUUGCCACCAAGAGGGUAUGGUUUUCACCGUCGCAGAAAUAUUUAUACACUUUGGCUCAAUGUAAUCCUGACUUGACUGUGGCUGACUGCGCCGAGUGUUUCAGUCUAGCUCGUUCUCAGUAUGAUGGAAUGGCGCAGCGAGGUGGCCUUGUACUCACGCCUAGUUGUAAUAUCAGGUACCAAGUUAAACAAUUUUACGGGGAAAAUAGCAACUAUAGCAUCACACCGCUACCAACUCUAAGCUUGCCUCCUCCACCUAACCAUCAUAUUUCAACAAUAACAUACACAGGAAAGAAGAAACAAACUACGAAUGUAGUAGUUGCAAUCGUUGUUCCUAUAGUUAUCUUGGGAGUACUAAUUUCUUUCAGCACAUAUUUCUAUACAAAGAAAGCAAAGAAGCGUCGUUCUCUAGACCUUAAAAAUGUGCUGGAUGAUUUAACAACUGCGGAGUCUUUGAUGUUCGAAUUGGAGAUUCUUGAAGCUGCCACUAACAACUUUGCGUUCAUCCGAAAGCUUGGCCAAGGUGGAUUCGGCAGUGUCUAUAAGGGAACGUUACAAAAUGGAGAAGAUGUAGCCGUUAAAAGGCUAUCAAAUAUAUCAGGACAAGGAGUGGAAGAAUUUAAGAACGAGGUUGUGUUGAUAGCCAAUCUUCAACAUAGAAAUCUGGUUAAGUUGUUGGGUUUUUGUUUAGCCGGAGAGGAGAAGUUACUUGUUUACGAAUAUGUUCCCAACAAAAGCCUCAACUACUUUUUGUUCGAUGAAAGAAGGCAGCAAGAAUUAAAUUGGGGUACGCGCUAUAAUAUAAUAAAAGGCAUUGCUAGAGGACUACUCUAUCUUCAUGAAGACUCUCGACCAAGAAUCAUCCACCGUGACCUUAAAUCAGGCAAUAUUUUGCUGGAUGCAAAUAUGGAACCAAAAAUUGCAGAUUUUGGAUUGGCAAGGAUGUUCAAGGUUGAACAAUCUGAGGCUGACACCGGCAGAAUCGUUGGAACAUACGGUUACAUGGCUCCAGAAUACGCAAUGCAUGGACAAUUUUCUGUGAAAUCAGAUGUAUAUGGUUUUGGCGUGUUAGUUUUGGAGAUUGUAAGCGGCAAGAAGAUUAGAUCAAGAUUCCACCCAUCUGAUGAAACUGGAGACCUCUUGACCUAUGCCUGGAAAAGUUUUACUGAAGACGAACCUUUGGAAUUUAUGGACCCGACAUUGAAAGAUUCACACUCGAGAGCUGAAGUGUUGAGAUGCAUUCAUAUAGGCUUAUGGUGUGCACAGGAGAACUCAAACGAGAGACCAACUAUGUCAACUGUUGCUCUUAUGCUUAAUACUGAAACUGCCACCACCACAAUGCCAACACCUCAAUGUCCGCGGUCCUUUUUCAACCGAACCAACGGUCCGACUACGGCCAAUACAAAUUCCUCGAAGCUGUGUUCUGAUAAUAAAGUAACAAUAACUGAGUUGUACCCUAGGUAACUAACUCUGGAUGUAUGUUAACAAAACUUACACCUUCAUUUUCAAAUAUUCAAAAAAUGUAUGAAAAUAUCAUAUUGGUUGGUUGUCGUUA